AUGCACGGCCGCAAGGCGAAUAGCAAUGCAUGCGGUCAUGAAAAUAGAGCUGUUAGGAAGGUGGAAGGGCAUAACUUGUAUAUGAUAUUUUGGAUUGAUCGUGUACAGAGCGAUUUUUAUAAUGAUUUAAGCAAUGCGCUUAAGGACAUCGAGGAUUUGCAUUUGGAAACUGAAAUUUCGGAUUCGAUAUUGGAAAUCGAACAAGAACAUGACGACGACCAAAAUAUGAAUAAAUUGUGUGAAAUUUUAGGAUCUGAAGGCGCUUCGGUUGUCAUCGAUUUCAGUUAUUUCGCUUGGCAGCCCGGUCUUGACUACAUUCGUUCUCAUCAUAUACCUUACUUACGUGUUGAUCGUUUACUUCGGCCGUUUCUUCAAAUCUUUGCCGAAUUCUUAAAGCAUAAAAAUGCUAACGAUGUCGUAAUCAUACUGCAAAACGAACGGGACGAGAUGGAAGCAUUGCUGCAAAUCGCCGAAGGCUAUCCAUUUCGGACACUUUUGCUGAAUGGCGGUAGUGGAACGGACUUUUUAAAACGUUUGCGCGACUUAAGACCAAGUCCAUCGUAUUAUGGGAUAUUUGCCGGCGGUACUAAUAUGAAUGCCAUCUUUGAAAAGAUUAACAAAGCCAAGUUAUUUGCUCGCGCUCCUGAGUGGCAUUUCGUUUUUCUUGAUCCCAAAGAUCGUGUUUUCAAAUACAAAAAGGUUGCAGAAAACGCGGCUAAAUUUGGUAUUAACGCUCGAUCGGUGUGCAAGUCAUUGCGAAUGAAGGACGCCUAUUGUCUGAGCGGUUUCAACAUUCAGCGUGCUUUACUUUUGGACAUAUUUCGUAGUCUGAUCGAUGUGAGACAAUCAAAUCUCGAUUGGCUGGAACCUAUCCUAGCCGAAUGUAACGAAACUGAGCAUAGUGAUAAUAACGAGUUGGAAAUUCGUAGAAACUUCGACAUAUUAGAUCAUUUUCCUUUAACAAAUUUUAUGACUCUUAUGACACCCGAUAGUUCGAUGCAAUUUGAAGAUGAAUACGAUCAAAUAAUACCAUCGUUAACGUUUACGGUUAACAUUUCAAUUAAUUUCUAUUCUACGGCACACGAAGCGGUAACGGACUUGGCUGCUUGGCAAAACGGAGAAUUGCGCAAACUUAAUCAAACUAUAAGUCCUGCGAAACGAUUUUUUCGCAUUGGAACCGCAGAAGCCAUUCCUUGGAGUUACCAACGCCGCGAUCCGCGCACUGGUAAAAUUUCUUUGGAUUAUUUGGGGAAACCGAUUUGGGAAGGCUUUUGUAACGAUAUGAUUGCAAUGUUGUCAGAAAAAAUGAAUUUUGAAUAUGAAUUGAUUUCGCCUACAAAGGGCAGAUUUGGCGAACGAGAUCCCGAAACAGGCGAAUGGGAUGGUAUUGUGGGCGAUUUGGUUAGUGGUGAGACCGAUUUUGCGGUCACCGCAUUGAAAAUGUAUUCGGAGCGUGAAGAAGUUAUUGAUUUUGUCGCACCAUAUUUUGAGCAAACUGGUAUUUCCAUAGUAAUGCGCAAGCCGGUACGGGAAACAUCAUUGUUUAAAUUUAUGACCGUCUUACGGCUUGAAGUAUGGAUGAGUAUUAUUGCUGCUUUAAUAGUCACGGCGGUUAUGAUCUGGCUUAUGGAUAAAUAUUCACCAUAUAGUUCGCGAAAUAACAAGCAAGCUUACCCAUAUCCCUGCAGAGAAUUUACUUUACGUGAGAGUUUUUGGUUCGCCUUGACUUCUUUCACGCCUCAGGGCGGUGGUGAAGCUCCUAAGGCAAUUUCCGGUCGCAUUUUGGUAGCUGCCUAUUGGCUUUUUGUGGUUUUAAUGUUGGCUACGUUCACAGCCAAUUUAGCUGCUUUCUUAACAGUAGAACGAAUGCAAACUCCAGUACAAUCAUUGGAACAACUGGCACGACAAUCACGCAUCAAUUAUACAGUUGUUGAAGAAUCUGAUACUCAUCAAUACUUUAUUAAUAUGAAAUUUGCUGAAGACACUUUGUAUCGUAUGUGGAAGGAAUUAGCUUUGAAUGCUUCUAGAGAUUUUCAUAAAUUUAGAGUCUGGGAUUACCCUAUUAAAGAGCAGUAUGGUCAUAUAUUAUUAGCAAUUAACAGUUCCAUGCCAGUAAAAAAUGCCGAGGACGGUUUUCGUAAAGUAAAUGAACGAGAAAGUGCUGAUUUUGCUUUUAUACACGAUUCUGCGGAAAUCAAAUACGAAAUAACGCGCAACUGUAACCUAACUGAAGUUGGAGAAGUAUUUGCUGAACAACCGUAUGCUGUGGCCAUACAACAAGGCAGCCAUUUAGCGGAUGAAUUAAGUUACACUCUAUUGGAAUUACAAAAGGAUCGUUAUUUUGAAGAACUUAAGGAUAAAUAUUGGAAUCGAUCUCGUUUGAAUUGUCCUUUAAGUGAAGAUCAAGAGGGCAUCACUCUAGAAAGUUUAGGUGGAGUAUUCAUAGCAACACUAUUUGGAUUAGGCUUGGCUAUGAUUACAUUAGUUGUUGAAGUUGUCUAUUACAAAAACAAGCCAUUCAAUGUUCCUGAAAAUGCACCUCAAGUAAUUGAAGUUAAAGCAGCUGAAACUUCAGUAAAACCUAUUUCAGCGGCUUGGCAUACGGAUAUAGAAAGAAAGAAAAUUACUCCACCGCCGUCAUUUGAGGUGGCCGCAUUCCGAGGUCGGGAAAUUCCGUCCAGCAUUACAUUGGGCCAUGAAUUUAAACCUCGGAAACGUUUACUUGGUUCCGCAAUCCGACCAUCCGACGGUUUAAUGACAGAAGAUGAAUUGCCUCCUUACGUUGAAUAGUGCAGGAACCAUUAAAACAUUUAAAAAAAAAAAUACACAAAUACAUUAAAUAAAAAAGUGUUAAAGUUAUCGAUAGGCGAUAAUUAGUAGGGAUUUUAAAAACCUUUAAAAUGAAAAUAUCGUAGAGGUGCUUAAUUUCGUAGUAUUUGCUUUUGACAUGCUUGACAAAUAAUAAUAAAAAUGCAAAAAAUAUUAAUAAACGUAAAUUAAAA